GUGCGGGAAUGGUACAGUGGAAUAAGCGAGUUAGCUUAUUGGUCAAGAGGGAAUGCGAGGGAGAGAGUUGGGCUUGUGUGAGCUCGGUGUGAGGGGUUUAGGUUGUGGUAGCGGCGGGGAGAAAUGGUGGCGGCCAUGACGGUGGUGUCGUAUUGAGUUUGGUAAUCGUUGAGCGGCGGCGUGCCGUCAGUCACUACAAAGGUGUUGAUCGCUGCAACCCGCUGCCAUCGUCGUAGAUGGGCUGCUCUCAAGUCAGCUUCUUGGGUCGAUGCUACUGCAUUAAGCACCUUCUUUACUCGAUAUCGCUUCUUAGGGAAUACUUAGAGGCUAUUGAAUUGAGCUGACCUGCACUCACUUCUGAGAGCGAUUCUUACUGCCAGCUCAAGUUGACAUCAAUGCGAGACAGCUGGGCUUGUACAAGUCUACAUGCUUCGGGUAGAAUUCGGAGUGCGGUUAGGAACGCGUAGUUUUGAGAGGUCGCUACUGUUAUCUUGACGUCACAAGAGAGUUUCGACUUGGAGAGUAGCGCAUAGAGACCUCUUGCGAAGUUCAACAAGCUGGAGAAACUUGCGCUCGCGUGCUGAAUGCGCUUGGAACUGUAAUUAAGCGAACGUUAGGAUAUUCGACGUUUAGUUUCUCAAGAGUUGAAAGGUAUUGGGCAUGUUGAGACGAACUUGGCAAAUUUUUAGAAAGACAACGGAACCGUCAACCAGAAAGAAGAAAAAAAUAAAAAAAUAAAAAAAUGUCACCUUCUUUUAUGCAGAUGUGUGAGAAAUACUCUAGUUAAGAAACUUGUAUUAUCACACAGUGGGUUUAUAAGUUAGCCGUGGGAGUGGCUACUGAGCGGUUGUUACUGUCGUUUUCGAAGUAGAUCCCUACACAUGAGGUAUCUUGUUUGGGGUAGUCUCUGUGAAACGGACGCACAUAUGCUUGAAGCCGUGUACUUAUUAUUCUUUCUGCAGUUAGAAGCUUCGAAUGAGCUUUGAACGUGGGCACUGAGAAAUAAUGUUCUUGUUUUCUGCAGUGAAAGGUUACACUCCCCCAGGAGGUUUUUAUUAUUGAUGUAGACGGAGCUAUCCCAUUUCCUCUCCAACACCAUCUAACCUCCAACGAAGUGUAAUUGAAAAGUGAGUCUGCCAGAGGAAUUGCACAUGUUCUUCAUUGUCCAGGGCUCAUGAGAAGCUCUCCUUACGCUCCUUUUACGCUGCGCUGCGCUGCUAGGCGACUGGGUGCAACCGAUCAGUAAGAUUAUAGAAAUGGCUUUUGAGGUGGCCAGAGUACACCAAUUGAUUUGCUCAAGAGUUGAAGGCAGGGAUGUUUUCGGCCCCUUCAGAAAUGUCAACCAUUCUAGUGAAACAGACCCGAGUCCUCGACAUUCCUACAACCCAGAGGGCGCUUGUGUUCUUACGCAGUGUCCUGCUGAUUUUUCCUCCGACUCACGGGGCUUCCACCAAGAGGUUGAAAAGAGUAAUCCGCUGUCCGAGUCAUCACUUCUCUGCACCGAGUCAGAGAGCGACGAAGGGUAUGAUAUUCUUCAAUGCUUGGCACAACAGACUGCACAAUUGAUGCUAGGCGAGGAGGAUGCGAAAGCUGAAACAUGCUCUGGAGUCCUUCAAGGAACUCUUGAGACUCAGAAUUUAUUAAGUGCAGAUGAGCGAGUGUCUCCCUCUUAUUUGUUGAACGGUGGUUGGUCCCUCGGACCCCCACUCACAGGUGGCCAAAGUAGCUCUAACGGGUCCUCAAGAACAUCGUCUCAAGUUUCGUCUCCUUCUUCAGUGCCUUCGUGUGACUUUCAAGAUGCUUGGGAUACUCUUGAUGCAGCAGCCGUAGAAGUCGAAAGAUUGAAAAUGAAUGAGAGGAAGGGCAUACCUGCUUGUUCCACUGAGAGGCCUUCUCAGACUAAGGUUGAGAAGCAAGCCUUGCGAGCCCAAUUAAAUCCACAUAAUCGAACCUCCGGCCACCUACAAGGAAGGAGCACAAGCUCCCAGUCUGCGAGGAGGAAAGAAGAGAAUCCAAUGGUGAACAGUCAGGCCCAAAUGAACUGGCAUUCGAAAGGUGCGGCGAUGAACACGAUGGCAAGCCAAGUUCGAUGUCAAUAUCCUCAGUAUCAACCACGCCAACAAGCAUUUAGUCCCGACUAUCAACAAACUGUCAACAACCAUCGUCUUCCUGGAAAGUUGAUAGAUUAUGAUUGCUUCCAGAGGAAUCGUCAAACUUUUCCGAACGGCGGUUCAAAUGUGCAGGUGGUUUUUCUUGGAGCAGUAUCCGGAAAAGAGGCCGGAACUGGAGUUUUUUUACCCCGCACUUUUGCUAGUGCCCCCGAACACAAGAAAAAAACUGAAGUCUCUCCAUUGAGCCCUCCCAUGCAUGGAUGUGAAGCAAGGGUGGGGUCGCAUGUGAAAACGUCGAAAGGCAAGUUGUGGCCCACUUUCCAUCGAGUAAAUCUCCCCCAACCUGUGGUUCGUGAGCCUUGCUUGCCGACGGAGUGGACAUAUUAGCAACCGCUAGAAUCAUCAGCUCAGUGACUCAUAACAAAGGCUGUAAAAUUCUUACCAGCUACUCCACGUGCAAGAUGAUGAUGUUCUGUGAAUCGCCUUUUUCUGGAGCCUUGCAAGAUGAGUAGUUUUUGCGGUGAAUAACAGUCGCGUAAAGCAAACUCAGCAGUCCAAAUUACCAUGGACAGGGGCAGGCCUGGAGUCUGCUGUACAAUAGCUAAAAGAAUUUGAAUUCCUUCAUGGGUAACCAUUUUUCUGAAGAUAAACAUAGGAAUACGAUAUAACUAAGUUGGAUCCUUUUCUAGGUGAACUUACUCUGAAAUAACACUUAGCUGAUUUUCAACAUUGGAGCUGUGCAAUUGUGCCUACAACUAUUGAGGGUUUUUCUAGGACCCAUUACUUGUUUUUGACUGA